UUGAAAAUGGGUAUGAUGAGUAAAAGUGAAUAUGGUUACUCAAGAAUGGAAAAGGAAGACCCGGAAGAUGUAAAGCACAGAACUGCUCAAUUCUUGAUUUACAAGAAUUUAGCACAAGCUGAUUCUCGCAGGAGGCCAUCUACAUUGAGGAUUAGAAUAACCAAAUUGAAGGUAAAGAUUGGCAAGAGGUUGAAGAAACUGCGAAUGACAUUGUCUUUUGCAGCUUCUGCAGCCAAACGAGGACUUUAUCGUCAAGUCCUUUGUCAGCUCAAAACAUGGAAGCUUUUGUUCAAUGCCGAGAGACAGUCUCUUCCAUCAUCCUCUGUCGUCUUCAAAUGA